UAUGGCAAGUCCUAUAGAUUUCAAUCUAAACCAAAUUUAAGUAGAAUUCAUCUUAGGUAAAAUGCCAAAAGGAUUCUCUUUAUUGUAAGCUAGUCUAUUAAAAGCUCGAGAAUAGAGAGUGGUAAGAAAUGGGUCCUUUAUAAGUCUAUAGUCCAAGAAAGUAAAUAAAUAUGAUGCCUCUUUCCAAUCUAAUAAAUAAGAGGUUGUGGAAGACAAAACUAAAAGAAUCCAGAGACUAACAUCUAUUUAACAAAAAGAAUCAAAUAAACCUUUGAUGGAUGAUAAUCACAAAAAAGGAUUAUAAUUACUAUAGAUGUUUAAAUCUCAUCCUGCAUAUACUUAAAUUGAUACUUAAGGGUAAAUUAAUAUAGAUAAAAUUGAAGCAUUUUUCAUAUAGGAAGGUAUUACUUACUAGUAAUUAAAAGGUAAUUUGAUUAACCUCAAGAAUUAAAUUAAACAAACAUUGCAAAAAUUAACUUAAAAUUCAUCCAAUCAAAUGUAGGAUUUACUAAACUAAUUAGAAAUCCAUUUUUUAAAUGUUUUUAAAUCACCUACAAAUCAAUCCAAACCAACACCUAUUUAAAAUAAGUACAUUUUUUUAUCUAUUAUAAUCUUAGAAACACUUAAAAUAAAAAUAUACUUUAAAAAACUAAAGAAGUUUUAUCUACAAAGAAAUAAGAUUAAAUUAUUACAUUUGAAGAAAAAAAAUAAUUGAGUUAAAAUAUAAGAGAAUUAUCUUCAGAUUAUUUAAAAGGUGUUUGGGAAAUUGUUUAAUAGACUGUAUAAACAAAAGAAGAUGAAGAACUUGAAUUUGAUAUUGAUGUAUUACCUCCAAAGAUUAUUCGAAAACUAUAAGAAUAUGUCAAAAAUAAAUUGUAAUUUAUAUAUAUUCAUUUUAUAGGAAAACAAAAAAGGUGAAGAUAGACACUUCUAUUAAUUAAAGCUCAUAGAGAUCCUUAAACCAAGAUAGUUCUUUUGCUUCUGAGUCCUUUGAAUGAG